GUAGCACCACAGACAGCUGCUGUACAAAGACAGACAGAAAGGGGGACGGCUAAAUUAAUACAAAUUAAAGCAGAGGGAAAGUUGUUUAAGCUAAUAUUUAAAGCUCAGAUAACUUAGUGCAGAUUUUUACUAUCAAGUUUUAUAUUUAUAUUUGUAUUGGAGGGGCCCUUUGUCUGAAAAAGAAAAGAAAAAUGAAGAGUCUGCUGUGCAUCACAUUAAUCUCCCUGACCCUGGCUGUCAGUGCAUACAGUCUGCCAACGAGCUCUCCCGCACCAGCAACAGCUAAGGUUUUUGCCAACCUCGGUUCCAAUGCCACCCUGACUUGCCGGCUCCUGUCCCAAGAUGCCAUGGCCUUUGGUAACAAUGGUAUGCGAGUCAAAUGGUCCAAGGUGGCAGAUGAUGAAUCACUGAAUGAGGAUGUUAUGCUUUCAAUGGGAUUCCACAAGAAGUCCUACGGAAACUUCGAGAAUCGUGUCUUUAUGCAGGAACUCGACAAUGAAGAUGCCUCCCUAAUAAUAACUGACGUCACCAUGGAUGACAUGGGAAAAUACCGCUGUGAGAUCAUCAACGGGAUGGAAGACACCAUACAAGAGAUUACUUUGGAAGUGACGGGUGGUCUCACUGAUGGUGUUGUGUUCCCAUAUUUCCUGAGUGUGGGCCGCUACAACCUGAACUUCAACGAUGCUAUGCAGGCCUGUCUGGACCAGAAUGCUUCUGUCGCCACCUUUGAUCAGCUGUUUGAGGCCUGGAAGAACGGACUGGACUGGUGCAAUGCUGGCUGGCUGAAUGAUGGCACAGUGCAGUAUCCCAUCAUCAACCCCAGAGGGCCUUGUGGUGGCACCAAAGACGGACCAGGCGUCAGAAGCUAUGGCCGCCGUGAUAAGAUGAGCCACUUUGACGUGUUCUGCUUUGCUUCUGCACUCAAGGGACGUUUCUAUUGGCUGGUCCAACCCGAUAGGCUGACCUUUGACGAGGCUGUGCAGGCAUGCUUAGACGAUGGUGCCGAGAUCGCCAAGGUGGGGCACAUGUACUCCGCCUGGAAGCUUGAGGGCUACGAUCGCUGCGAUGCUGGCUGGUUGGCUGACGGAAGUAUCCGCUACCCCAUUUCCAGGCCCCGCAAGAACUGCAGCCCCACAGAAGCUGCAGUGCGCUUUGUUGGAUUCCCAGACAAGAUGCAAAAGUCUCAUGGCGUUUACUGCUUCCAGGUUGAGCAGUGAGGCUGUAGGUAAAAGUAGGGAAGCCAUAACCCACCAAAGAGCAGCAACAACCACAACCAAUAAAAUCAACAACAAAGCAGAUAAGCUUUUAAUCUUACCUAGCAUGAGCUACCUUUCUGAAACUGUGAUAACCCUCUUUAACUCCUAAAAAACAAAUAAUGUACAUCUUACUUCCAUAUGCAACCAAUGACAAAAUAUUUUGUAGCCAUUAGGUUUUGUUUUUCUCUACUGUGCAUUCAUUCAUUUUACACGGACUGUUUUUUUUUUUACACAGGAAAAAGCAACCGUGUUAAUGUUUGAGUGAUGUGACACAGGCAAGACCUUGGUGGUUGUGAAACAUGAUCUGCGUUUGGUUUGUCCUCCACAGAAUGGUUACAUGUGUGAAGUUCAAGAUUUAGAGCAUUUACACUCAUGUGUAGAUGAUAUUUGCUGCUUUAAAAUGUAUCUAAAGAACAAAACAAUGUGAUAAGUUAUGCAUUUAUCAAGUAUCACAUCGAUGAAAGACCUAAGAUUGAUUAAAGAGUCAUGAACAUAACUACCACUAUUUAGCUAUGUUAUAUUGCAGUAAGUGUUCUACUGGAUCCCUCUCUAAUCAGAGUGAAGCUUUUUUUGACCUCUUAAACAUUAGAAAGGUUUUUCAACCUGAGGAGUAGUGAUCAAAUGUAUUGUUUAACAAGAAAAUGUAUGUAAAUGUCUUGAUGGACUGUGACCUAUUCUGCAUUGAUAGCUCCCAUUAGAUCAACUCCUAAUUACAAUUUUUUUUACUACUUUUGUUUAACAUGUUUUCUUUUUAAUGAAGAAAAUACAAAUUCUGGCACUUGCAGAAAACAAUACAAAACAGCAAGAUUUCAGCCCUAGUGAUUGCAGAAUAAGUACAGAUCUUCCCCUGUUGCCCUGAACACAAUAUUUUACCAAAACAUCUUUAUGAAUAAAUGCCUGGGAAUAAAGCAUAAUAAUAAAAUAUCAUUAUGCUGUACUGCGGACAACAGUGAUCAUGUUUUGGGAAAUAAAGAUCUGGUAAAUCUGAAGGUGUGCCACAACCAGAAGACAGCACCCUUAAAGUUACAAAAAUGAUUUGAUAUUUUGUGUUUGACCUGUUCUAACCCUGGGCACUGACAUAUGGUACUUACUGCAGGCUACAUGUGAUAAUAUGGUGAUUAAUUGUUUGUAAAAGCAAAACUUAAAAAUGUCUCACACUUGUGCAUUCGUAUACACUUGUGCAUUGUAUACACUAAACAGGUGAAGGUAAUAUUUGUAUUUUAUCGCCAUGUACCUUUUUCAACGAUACAGUUUGAAAUAAAGAAUACAACU